AUGAUGUUGGAAGAAGGGGAAGGGUCCACAAGCAAAGGAGUCCACAGUGGGCUUGUGUUGUUCAGAAGGGAGUAUAUGGCAAAACGAGGUGAGAAGUGUAAAAACGCAAGAGAAGAAAAAAUUGAAGUGGGGAAGGCAUGGAGGGCCUUGAGUGAAGAAGAGAAAGAUAGGUAUAAUGAGAGGGCAAGGAAAACGAAGCCACAGAAAGGUGAGAAGAAGAAGUAUGAUGUUCCCUUGUACACCCGGUGCUCAUUGCCCGGAUUUCUAUCAUUGGCUGAAUAUGUGAAGAAGAACAGGCGGUUGAGGCAGAAAGUUCAGAGGAUGGGAUUUGGGAACUUGCUUAAUGUGAAUGUGAAGCAACUUCCACGUGAUCUACUUGUGUCAUUGUUGAGAUGCUAUGACCCACCAACGCAUUUUUUGACCAUUAGAGGGCAAGGGCAGGCAAUUGAGGCAAAAGAUGCGCAUGAGUUUCUAGGUGUACCUGACAGUGGGGAGGAAGUGAAAUCUGAUGUUAGUGAGGAUGACCCGGAAUACAAGAGGUUGAAGGACACUUAUUGGAAGGUUCCAUUUACCCAGAUACUGAAGAGGAUAUUAUCUGGGGAAGAAAGCGACAAUUUUGAGUUCCUAUUUAUGCUUUAUACAGUUGGAGCUUUUCUAUGUCCUGGGUCAAGCACAACUGUACAUAUACGUUUGUUGAAAGUGAUGCGUCACACGAUGAAUGGGUUUGGGAAAUAUGAUUGGUCAACGUACAUAAUCAAGAACCUGUGGAAGGAAAUGGGAGACUUUGUGAAGAUGACAAAGAAGAAGAAGAAAGGAACCUGCAAUGUUGGAGGGUGUCUUUAUUUGCUGCUGCUGUAUUUUGUUGAGCGUUUCCCGCUGGGAUUGUCUGUUGACCGGGGUUCAACAAGCGCCAUUGAAUAUUGGACCGAGGAGAAGAUAAAGGAGAGGGUGGAGAAAGAGAGAGGCAGCAGCAUGGGAAUAUUGCAUGGAAGCAGUGGCAGCGAGGUAUACUCAGCAGGACAUGAGGACAGUCCAAUUUUGCAGUCUUUAGAUCCGGCAUUGAAGGAGUUGAGGGCUCGUUUUGUGAAGAAGCUUGAAGAAAGCCAGAGGACGUUAAUGAAGGCUCUUGAUGAUGAGCUACUCAAACUGCAGAUUGGAUUGAACGCCAAAGUUAAGGGGAUGGGGAAUGAGAAUGCCACUGCUAAAGAAGGGGUUGAAACAGUUGGUGAUGCAGCUGGUAACGAUGCUGAAGAAGCUGAUGAUGUUGACCGAGUGGUGGAGGAGAUUGCAAGAGAGGUUGCAGCGGGAAGUGCAGAUGAGGAACUUGAUGAGGAUGAAACCAGCAAAGGAGAUGAUGAGAAGGAUGAGGAUGAGGAUGAAGAACAACAUGACCUUCAUGACAGGGAAGUCAGUGAUGAUUACAUGGUUGAGGAGGUGGAAGAAGAGGGUGACCGUGAUGGAUGA